CAUCCAUGGAUCACUGUAUACGCGCGCAUGUUAUAGAACAACGCUGCCCCCAUCCAGGUUCAUCCAAACUCCAUCACCCUACUAUCUACACCAUGACCCUAAAUUUGCGCCGUUUGCCCUAUGGCUCAGUCCUCCGCCGUUACACCUGUGCCGCACCUGGUGGACCUGCCAUCAUUCCAUGGCGGUCCUAUUCUGAUAUGAAGGGCACUCCCCCAGGCCCCCUAAGACCGACGAGAAACCUACGGAGGUGCCUCACGAGAAACGCUCAACCCUCCAUGCGCCAGCGAAAACGACCCGGGAGAAUCAAAUAG